GCAGGUGUCAUGGAUGUAGAGGAUCCAUCUCCUCUUCAGCGCUUUGGCAUAGCAAAGCGAUCCAUAACGUCCAUCUUUGAUCAGCUGCUGGACUUUGUGAAGGAUGGCUCUGCCUUCGUGGAUGCGGCCUUGCAAAGUGAUGACCUGGUGGCUGUAGAGGAGCAAAGUCUGGAAAUGCAGAGCUGUGCCACCAAGCUGUCCACCAUCAGAGAGGUUCUCCUCCGGAGGCACAUGAAAGUGGCCUUCUUUGGCAGGACAAGUAAUGGGAAGAGCACUGUGAUCAACGCCAUGCUCAGGGACCGUGUGCUGCCCAGUGGAAUCGGACACACCACCAACUGCUUCCUGAGCGUGGAGGGGACGGAUGGAGAUGAGGCGUACUUGACUGCCGAGGAGUCAGAGGAGAGGCGGAGCAUCAGUACUGUUAACCAGCUGGCCCAUGCCCUCCACAUGGACCCCACGCUGGACUCCAGCUGCCUGGUGAAGGUGUUCUGGCCCAAAAGCCGAUGUGCUCUGCUGAGAAACGACCUGGUGCUCAUGGACAGUCCUGGGACUGACGUCACUCUGGAGCUGGACAGCUGGAUCGAUAAGUUCUGUUUAGAUGCAGACGUCUUUGUUCUGGUGGGAAACGCAGAAUCAACGCUAAUGAACACGGAGAAACUUUUCUUCCACAAAGUCAGCGAGAGGAUCUCUAAACCAAACAUCUUCAUCUUGCACAACCGCUGGGACGCCUCAGUAACUGAGCCUGACUACAUUCAGGAGGUAAGGAAACAGCACCUGGAUCGGUGUGUCAGCUUCCUGGCUGAAGAGCUGGGGGUGGUUGGGCCAAACGAGGCUCCAGGAAGGAUAUUCUUCAUCUCUGCCAAAGAGGUUCUGAGCUCCAGGAUGCAGCGAGCACAGGGCAUGCCAGAGACAGGGGGAGCUCUGGCAGAAGGUUUCCAUGACCGAUUGACAGAGUUCCAGAGGUUCGAGCGGACGUUUGAGGAGUUCAUUUCCCAUUCUGCGGUCCGGACCAAGUUUGAGCAGCAUACUGUCCGAGCAUGGCAGAUCACAGAGGCCAUCAAGGCUGUGAUGGAUGCCAUCAACAUCGCCUCGGCUGACAGGAAGAUCUGCUGUCUGGAGGAGCGUGAGGAACAGCGGGACCGGCUAGACUUCGUUCGCGGACAGAUGAACCGCUUGACUGACGGUAUCAAGGAGAGGAUCCAAGUUCUCAGUGAUGAAGUCACUGCCAAGGUGGCCUCAGCGCUGUCUGACCAGAUCCGCUUGCUUCCGGUUCUGGUGGAAGAGUUUAGAGCCGACUUCAAGCCAACCAAAGAGACUCUAGUGCUCUACAAGGCUAAGCUGGUGCAGCACCUUCAGGACCAGCUGCUGGCUUCUUUGGCGCACCGCUGCUCUGCCGGAGUCCUUCGAGACAUCAAGGAUGCUCAGAGACACAUGACUGACAGCGUGCGCCCCCUUCUGUCGUCAUCUGUCCAGGACCAGCUCUGUGUUCCCUAUACCUCCUUCGAGCUGACCUAUGACCUGGGACUCGCCGCACUCUGUGCGGACUUUCAGGAAAACAUUGACUUCCAAUUUUCUCUGGGAUGGACCGCCCUCGUGACCCGAUUCAUUGGAGCCGCCAAUGCCAGGCGGGCUCUGAGCGGAAUGGAGCAGGUCCCAGGCAGGCUGACACAGCACCCCAGAUUUCCAGUCAGACUGUCUCUGAAGAUACUGACUUCUUCCUCCUCUCUCCAGGAAGGGUCCGUCUUCAAAGAUGAGAUGAUGGUUUCCAUAGCAACACGGCUGGUGUCCGCCACCUCCAGAGCAUCGAUGACGGUGCUGGUAAUUGGUGGAGUGGUGUGGCGCUCAGUGGGCUGGCGUGUUAUCGCCCUCUCUCUCUCCCUGUACGGCCUCCUGUACCUUUAUGAGAGGCUCACCUGGACGGACGCCAGCAGGGAGCGUGCUCUGAAGCAGCAGUUUGUGCAGCAUGCAGCUCACAGUUUAGGAGCUGUCGUACCCGUCACAAGCUCCGCCUGCAGCCAGCAGGUGUACAAGGAGCUGACGUCAACGUUCACUCGCCUAAGUCAGAGAGUUAACCUGAGUGAGGCCGAGCUGGAGGGAAGCAUCCGGCAGCUGAGCUCCACCAUCCAGAGGCUGGAGAGCAUCCAGAGGAAGUCAAAAGCCUUCAGGAACAGAGCGACAGAGUUGGAGGCUCAGCUGGACGCCUUUUCUGUCCAGUAUCUGCAGACAGACUAAAGGAAGAACCAGAACCACUUUAUAAAGGUUCCACUUCCAGAUCCGCUCAUGGAGGGAAACCAAACCACUGCCAAAACAACAUUCAUGUUCCAGGUUUAAAUUAAAAAUGAACUGCGUCAUUGGCCAGCUCUUUAAGAAAACAAACAAGCCUGAACCCAGCUGACCAUACUGGCCAUAACAAUGAAUUCUCCUGCAGUGCCCCCUAAAGGCCCAGAUGUCACCAACACCCAGAAGUGCUGUGCUGACUUUAUUUGAAAAAAUUGCUUUAGCAAAAGGACUUGAUGAAAAAAUGGGAGCAUUGGAAAUGCAGCAAUGUUUCUAAAAGAGAAUGUAACUGUGAUUUCUGCUCACAGAAAAAGCAGCGCUGUCACAUCCUCCCAGAGGCUGGUUUUAAACUACGUUUAAACAAACUCGAGCCAGGGCAGUUUGUCAGCUAAGCCCUUUACAGGAUAAGUGUAAGUGUGAUCCCCAGUCAAAGCAGGAUGGAAAUGUGAAGAUGCAGAGUUCUGCUAUGUGACUGAGUACUUACCCAGGUGACCAGGAACCAGUAGGAAAACAUCAGACCUACCUGGAUUGAAGGAGUUCUAAUACAAAACUGUUGGAUAUCAUAAUAACAAUGUUAAACCAUCUGAAGUCUGCGUUCACAAUCAGCCAUAAAAGUUGGAUUUAGUGCAAGUGAAGAAAAACAAUGUGUGUAGAGUACUGUUACUGUUGCUCAUGUUACUGUAAUGUUUUGAGAUUUUCGCCCCUCAAACUGGACAUUUGUUGAGUUUCUGAGCUAAGAAUAAAGCAUUUAGGAUUUU